UUUUCAAGCGUCGAUUUCUCAAAUUCAAUAAAUAUUUACGCAGGUAAGUUUGGCACGCAAUGCCCACUAAUCGAACUACGUACGAGAUUUUUUAGCAACCAUUCGAGCGCAUGCUAGUGAAUGACAAAACAAACAUUAGUUCUGGCACCUGAUAAUUUUUUUUUACAAACGAGGCGUGAUUAAGAUAAGGAUAACGUUCAAUUACUUUAGUAUAAUAAUUAUAAAAGAACGGUUUAUCAUGCGAGCGAACAAAUUGGCGAAUAUCAAGACGUAACAAUAUAAACGAAUGAAGACAUUGUUCGUCGAAAGUUUUCGCGAAGUUCGACAAUGGUGCAGCUCAAAGAAACUUUCCACCAGUCUUUGGCCAUCAUGACAGUUGGCUUUAACGAGUUUUGUGCUGGAAUGGGAAUGGGAUGGACAGCUCCUACGUUACUCGCUUUGCAGAAAUCCGAUUCCGCUUUAUUUCUAUCAGUGGCUGAGCUUUCGUGGAUAGCAUCAGUCGAUAACUUCGGUCGAGUGUUGGGCGGUCUUUUGUCAGCCAUAUUAUUGGAUAAAAUCGGCCGCAGACCGAUCCUUACGAUGAGCGGAUUGAUAUUUUUCACCGUAUGGUCUAUAAUCAUUUUCACCAAAUCGGUUUACACGAUAUGCGCGAUGAGAAUUCUUUACGGCGUCGCUGUUGGCUUCCAAACUGGCAGCGGAUCUGUCUACAUGGGGGAAAAUCUAUCUCCUUCGAUGAGAGGAGUUUUUGGAACACUCGCCAUAGCUUUGUACAACUUCGGUAUUUUCCUAGAGUACAUCAUCGCAACGUAUUUCUCUUUUCGAACAACUGCGAUCACGAAUUUCUCCAUCCAAGGGUUACUCUUUUUGGCAUCGUUUUGGUUACGAGAACCAGUCCAAUUUCUACUGAUGAAAGGUAAACAAAAACAAGCACUGGAGAACUUCAUGUGGCUCAAAGGUGUCACAGAUGCGAACGAUGUGAAAAACGAUUUCGAAAAAAUCACCCUCAACGUACAAACUGAACAGGCAAAGAAAGCUUCGUUUUCCAAAGUUCUUACUUCGCCAGCCAACUACAAAAGCGCUAUUAUUAUAAUGAGUAUUUACAUACUGAGCAGCUUGACCGGGUAUUGGACCAUAAUGUCCUACGCUUCAGCUAUAUUUCCUGCAUCGGGGAUCAUGUCAGCAAACGAAUUCACCAUUUUGUUCGCCGCUACUCAAUUGAUCGUUACGUUAGUGGCGUCAUUCUUGGUUGAUAACUUUAAUCGUCGAUCACUCAUUCUGAUAUCAUUCUCCAUCGUAGCCUUCAUACAUUCUUGCACAGCUCUUCUCUAUUACUUGCAAAACAACUAUUUUGAAAUACCCUAUUUCCCUUGGGUGAUAUUUUUCUCGAUCACACUCUACUCAGCAGUUCACGUAUUCGCUUAUCCAGCCAUAUACCUAAUUCGAAGCGAAUUAUUCCCCUUAAGUAUCAGAGCCCUGGCUACUUGCUUAUGUAUGAUUGGUUUAGCCGUCACUAAUUUCAUUAUGACUAAAUUAUUCUUCAAUAUUUAUAAAAAUUACGGUAUUCAUUAUAAUUUUAUGAUAUUCUCAGCGUCCAGCUGGACACUGGUAAUCUUCGUGUAUUUCGCUUUACCCGAAACUAGAAAUAAAUCACUGCUGGAAAUACAAGAAAUACUCGAAAAGCAAAAAUAAUCUUAAACUAUCUACUCGAACUUUUCAUAAACAAUUGUACCGAAGCUUCGUUCAUUAAAAAUGCUAAUAACGGCGCAAUAAUUCCAAAAACAAGCCUUUUUUUUCAACGCAAAAAGAAGAAAUAACUAACGAAAAAAUUACAAAACCCAACACCAGCCACGCUUUAUUUCUACGUUGAUUUUACCUUGGCUUGUAUAUGUGCUGAUUCUUUGGCGUGUUUUUCAUUUGAAGUAUUAUUUUCUUUAUCGUCUCCAUUUUCUAAUCCGCUUGAUCUCAAAUUUUCCAACUGAAAACACAAACGAACGUUUAGCUGUUUAGUAAAUCGAAACGCGAGCGGUGCUUCGCGUACGAUAGAUACGUUGGUUGGAUUUCAAACGCGAUAUUUAUACGUACCUCUUCUUUCGUCUUGGUUAGCUCGGAUUCUAGAUUCGUAUUCUUUUCUAAUGCUUCUCUCAGUCUUUCUCUAACCUAAGAAAAAAAGAGAAAAAGUAAUCACAGGGUUAGUUUCGUGAUACGUGUGUUAUUAUUUUUUUAUUUUAUUAUUUAGUACAUUAUUUUUUUGUUAUAUUUUAAUAAAAAGUUUUUUUUGUAUAAAUAUAGCAUAUUUUUAUGUGU